GGUUGUCUUUCCUCUUGUCACUUUCUGCAGUAUCUGGCUGAGCAAUUCUCAGUGCUUGCUCUCUUCUCAUCUGGGUCUUUUUCAGAAUUUACAAUUAUUACCACUAAGCGUAUAUUCCACAUGAGGCCUUUAUUGCCUAUCUUGAAAGCCAUCCUUGUUCAUCCUUCAAAGAUCCUGAUUUUGUUAUUUCCAGUACUUUUUUAUGAGUACUGGGGCUCAAAGGCUCCUCCUUUACUACUAUUUUCUAGCCUGAAGUGAUUUCUUAUAUUGAGGGGUUUAGUAUCUUAAAGUUUCCAUCUUUGGCGGUUUUCAUGUGGGUCUUCUAAAUUCAGAAGUUGACUCCAGCUGGAAAUGAAACUUCUCCAAUUCGUCACUUAGCAGUAUUUGUUCUGGGUUUUUGGAAUGAGGCCUCAAUUGAUGGAUUUUCCAAAGCUUGGACUUUUUCUUGUUCUGAUAUUGGGCUGGAAUGAUUCCUUCAACUGCGAAAGGCCCGGGGUUGUCAAUAUUGGAGCUAUAUUAGCUUAUGAUUCGGUCAUCGGCAGAGUUGCAAAGGCAGCAAUUGAAACUGCAGUUCAUGAUGUCAAUUCAGAUAAAAAUGUUCUUGCUGGGACUCGGUUAAACUUGAUUAUGAUGAACUCUAAUUGUAAUGCUUUUCUGGGAGCAAUUGGAGCUCUGAAGAUUCUGGAUCGAGAAGCAGUUGCAAUCGUUGGCCCACAGGUUUCAGCAACAGCCAACAUGAUUUCUUUUAUUUCAAAUGGUCUUCAAAUUCCUCUAGUGUCCUUUGCAGCCACAGAUCCAACCCUCUCUUCCCUUCAAUAUCCCUUCUUCCUGCGCAUGACACCAAGUGACUCCUACCAGAUGAAAGCAGUGGCAAAUUUAAUUCAUUACUACAGGUGGAGACAAGUAAUUGCAAUUUAUGUCGAUAAUGAGUUUGGUAGAAAUGGAAUAGAUUCUUUGGAUGAUGAACUUGCUAACAGCAUGUCGAAGAUCUAUAAAAUUGCUUUACCAAUGGAAAUUUCUCGUGACAAAAUGACAGAAGCUCUGCGUAAUUCUAGAGUUAUUGGACCUCGGGUUUAUGUGGUACAUGCUUCACCAGAUUCUGGUCUUGACAUUUUUUCAGUAGCUGAGCAACUAAAUAUGAUGACCGAUGAGUAUGUUUGGCUAGUUACAGAUUGGUUUUGCACUGCUUUAGGUUCAUCAGAAUCAAAUUUGCUCAACACACUUAAUCAUCUUCAAGGGAUUAUAGGUUUUUGUCAAUACGUUCCUGUAUCUAGCCAAAAAAAUGGUUUUAUGUCUAAAUGGGAAGAAUUACACAAAAAAGGCAUGGUAACUUCUAAAGUUAAUGCAUAUGGGUUUUAUGCAUAUGACACAGUUUGGGCAGUUGCCCGUGCCAUUGAUGAUUUACUUAGGGACUCUGGAAAUGUAACAUUUUCUUCUAACGAUGAGCUAGUCAACAUGAAUGGAAAAAUUCAUUUCGAUCAAUUCAAAUCCUUUGAUGACGGGUAUCUCUUACUUCAAAAGUUGUUACUUCUGAAUUUUACUGGCAUAACCGGUCAGAUUCAAUUUGAUAAAAAUCGGAACCUCAAAGGUGGCGCAUAUCAAAUAAUCAACAUUGGUCGAAAUAUAAUUCAUACAGUUGGUUACUGGACCAGUCAUUUUGGACUGAGCAUUUCUCUACCAAAUUCUUUACACGAAAAUGAUGAGAGAAAUUUGAGAUCAAACCAAGGUCUUGGUAAUAUUACUUGGCCAGGUGAGAAUACGAAACCACCACGAGGUUGGGUGGCUGCCACUAACGAAAAGCCCCUACUCAUUUUGGUUCCACAUAGAGUGAGUUAUGUUGAAUUUGCAACUGUUCUAGACAAUCACACAGUCACUGGAUACUGCAUUGAUGUAUUUGAAGCUGCAAUUAAGUUAGUUCCUUAUGCAAUACCUCAUAAGUAUGUACCUUUUGGAGAUGGUAUUACCACUCCAAGUUAUUGGACACUCGUAAAUAUGGUAGCAAACCAGACCAUGGAUGCGUGUGUUGGAGACAUUACUAUAGCCAAGAAUAGAACUAAACUUGUGGACUUCACUCAACCUUAUGUCACUUCUGGACUUGUCAUAGUGGUACCAGUAAAAACUAUUAAAUCAAGUGCUUGGAGUUUUCUCAGGCCUUUUUCUUUAGACAUGUGGUGUGUGAUUGGAGCAUACUUCUUACUCAUCGGGGCUGUUGUUUGGCUACUUGAGCAUCGGGUGAACAGCGAUUUUAGGGGACCACCCAAGCGACAAUGUCGAACUAUAUUCUUGUUUAGUUUCUCAUCACUUUUUCACACGCAGCAAGAAAAUACCGUGACCUUUCUUGGGCGUUCUGUGAUGGUGGUAUGGUUCUUUUUGCUGUUGGUGAUUACAUCUAGCUACACAGCAAGCUUGACGUCGUUCCUUACUAUCCAACAACUAGCAUCUCCAAUAAGUGGAAUCGAUAGCUUGAUUGCCACUAAUGAGCCUAUCGGUUUUCAGGAAUCAUCAUUUGCUCGAGUCUAUAUGAUAGACGUUCUCAAGAUUCGUCCCUCGAGACUUGUUCCUCUUCGAACUCCUGAAGAUUAUGCUAAAGCACUACGGCUUGGACCCAAGAGAAGUGGAGGGGUGGCGGCAAUUGUAGAUGAGCCUCCAUAUGUUGAGAUAUUUUUACAAAAGUUUAAUGGGUUUGGCCUCGUUGGAGAGCCUUUCACAAGGAGGGGAUGGGGAUUUGUGUUUCCAAGAGGCUCUCCUCUUGCAAUUGACUUGUCAAGUGCUAUAUUGAAGCUUUUUGAGAAUGGGGAACUUCAGAUGAUUCACGAUCGAUGGUUGUGCAAGAACAAUUGCACUCCUAAACCAGCAAAAAGUUCUGAUCCUUAUCGGCUUGAGCUACACGGCUUUUGGGGAUUAUUUCUUGUUUGUGGGGUUGUAUCUUUUGGAGCUCUUCUCAUUUUUCUUCUAAGGGUAAUUCGGCAGUUUAUUCGCUUCAAAAGCAAGCAGAGAGACCCUGCAGAUUCAAGCAAGGGCUGUUCUCACAUUAUAUAUAGCUUCUUUGACUUUCUAGAUGAGAAAGAAGAGGCAAUAAAGAAGAUGUUUAAGCAGCAGAACAAUACCUCUCAGCCCGAGGUUAGUUGAUAAAUUAUACUAUUUGUUUCAGCUGGUGCAUAUUUCCACAAUUUGUGAUUAUUUCCUUUUUCAGAGAGAAUUGUUUAGAAGUUACGGUGUCUUAUAUGUAUGUAUUCUUGAGAUCCCCUAACUGGUAAUAUUAGCAUGUAAUUUGAUGCGACGCUGUUUCAUGUUGUACAUGUUGUACAGGAUGUUUGUGGUUUUCUAUAGUAAUACGUACUUAUUUUGUA